UAUUUAUUUCAGACUGAGAAUUUCGGCAGUGCCGGCGGGGCUGGUGCAUUGCGAGCUCUAGUGUGAAACAGGAGUGUAAAAUCCAACAAAAUGUAGCGGCGCCACCCUGACUAUUUGUAGUCUACAAGAUGCACUGAUGGAGUUCACUGAGCAGAUCACCUGCCGGCUGCCUCAUCUGCUUGUCUUGUGCCUGGUUUCAGCGCAAAGGGUUUCAUGAAUGAUCUGGAUAAUUGGAUCUAUUUUUCUGCAGUAAUUAUUUGCAUUUGCCAGAGUUAUACAGGUUGCAUCAGUUAAUAAUGUAACCCACGUGCUGGUCAUUAUAAAUGCCUUUAUACCAAAGUUAACGGACACGCCUUGAAUUCAAGAAACAUUUCCCGUCUUUCAGAGGUCAUUUGUAAGUUUUGUUUCUCAGAUUUUCAUAUCCUGCUGUACAGUCCAUCUGCGAUGCCACAUUGCUUCCCAGAGCAGCCCUCCUGGGUGUCCAAGAUCUCUAGGUUCUUGUCGUGACGUUGGUUCUGUUGUCUCAUCUGGCCACUGACCCAGCCAGGAUGAAGCGGUGCAAAUCGGAUGAUUUUGAACAUGAUGAAGAUGUUGCGGGUAAAACCACGGUCGAAGAUGCUGCCGUGGUUGUUCCUUUCUUGGAUGUUAAAGGAGAUACUGCAUUGAUGGCAUCAGCCUCAACGGAUCCUUCCACUAUGAGUCCAAACCCCACUCUUCCAGCCAUAACUCGAAGCAAGCCCCCAGAUCUGAAGAAAAUACAGCAGAUGUCAGAAGGAUCAAUGUUUGGACAUGGCUUGAAACAUCUUUUUCACAGUCGUAGAAGAUCUAGAGAACGUGAGCAUCAAAAUUCCCAGGACUCUGGCCAGUCUAUGCCACAGCCUUAUGGACUGUAUUCUGACCACGAUUCAGCAGAUGAGAAGGAACGGUCACCAGAAAUGCACCGGGUGUCUUAUGCAAUGUCACUUCAUGACCUUCCAGUCCGCCCCACAGCUUUCAACAGGGUGCUUCAGCAAAUACGUUCCAGGCCAUCCAUAAAGCGAGGGACCAGCAUCCAUAGUGGUAGUCGAAGGACUAAAAGUGGCCCAUCAGAGACCCAGAAGGGUAGCCCACAUCUUCCACGAAAAGCUCCUGUAGAUAGCUCACUGACUGCUAUUUUGCAGCAGCAUCAGGGUCGACCUAGGUCCUCUUCAACCACUGAUACAGCAAUUCUGUUGGCAGAGAGUGGGGGAACACUUUUCCUGCUGGAAGACUCAGAACGCUUUACAGAUAAGCUUGACAAAGCAGAACUGAGUACGCUUAGUCUGCCACCAAACACAAUCUAUGGAGGCUCUGAUGGCAACAUUAGCCUUGAUGUUCCUGAUGCUGCUGCAGACUCCCAGAGGACCAAGGCCGCCAUAGAUCAUCUUCAUCAAAAGAUUCUUAAGCUCACAGAGCAGAUCAAGAUUGAGCAAGAAGCCCGCGAUGACAAUGUUGCAGAAUACCUCAAGUUGGCCAAUAAUGCAGACAAACAACAGGCCUCACGCAUCAAGCAAGUGUUUGAGAAGAAGAACCAAAAGUCUGCUCAGACCAUUGCACAGCUACACAAGAAACUUGAACACUAUCACAAAAAAUUGAAGGAGAUUGAGCAAAAUGGACCUUCAAGACAGCCUAAGGAUGUCCUUCGUGAUAUGCAACAAGGACUCAAGGAUGUAGGUGCUAAUGUGCGAGCAGGUAUUAGUGGAUUUGGUGGUGGUGUGGUGGAGGGAGUCAAAGGGUUAUCACAAGUCACUCACACUGCUGUUGUCUCUAAACCCAGGGAGUUUGCGAGCCUAAUCCGAAACAAAUUUGGAAGUGCAGACAACAUUGCCCACUUGAAAGACAUGGAUGACCCCCACCCUGAGGAGGCCUCCAGGACUCUGAGUGGGAGUGCCACUUUGGUGUCUAGCUCCAAGUAUGGCAGUGACAUUGAUGAUGAAUGUUCUAGUGCCACCUCUGGAUCACCUGGUGGUAGCAACUCAGGGGCAGGGCCUGGAGGAAUGGGAAGCCCUAAAUCAAAUACUCUGGACAGCCACCACAAUAACUUUGAAACAAUCCUAGAGGAGCUGAGAGAGAUCAAAGAUGGACAGUCGCAUUUAGAAGAUGAUAUUGAGGACCUGAAAGCCCAGCUUCACAGGGACUAUACAUACAUGACACAAUGCUUGCAAGAAGAAAGAUACAGGUAUGAGCGACUUGAAGAACAGCUGAAUGAUCUAACAGAACUACAUCAAAAUGAGAUGACAAACCUAAAACAGGAACUUGCUAGUAUGGAGGAAAAAGUGGCAUACCAAUCUUAUGAGAGAGCAAGAGACAUACAGGAAGCAGUGGAAUCUUGCCUGACUCGAAUCACAAAGCUUGAACUCCAACAACAGCAGCAGCAGGUGGUCCAGCUGGAAGGAGUGGAGAAUGCAAAUGCCCGGGCGUUGCUGGGGAAGUUCAUCAAUGUCAUCCUAGCUCUCAUGGCAGUGCUGCUCGUCUUUGUGUCCACCAUAGCAAACUUCAUCACACCUCUCAUGAAGACUCGUUUCCGUAUUUUAAGCACAGUCUUCCUUGUCCUAUUCCUCAUCUUUCUUUGGAAACACUGGGACACAAUAACUUAUUACUCAGAGCAUCUGCUUCUCUUUCCAAGUUGAUCACUGGCAUGGUGGCAAGGAGAACAAUGGAACCUGCUCUACAUUACUGACCCAUCAAUUUUUUUAAAUUGUUUUGGGUUUUCUUUCCCAUGUCAUUUUUCUCAUGGAUUAAAACCAUUUCUGAACCACGGGAGACAGUAGGCUGGUUUGAGCUUUUCACGUUCAUCAUGCCCACAGCUGAGGAGUGGUGUUUGAAUUUGUUUUUUUUCUUUUGUAGAAUUUAGUUUGCUUAAAAAAAGAAAAUAUCAUAUUUUCAUUAAACAUACAUUUCAGGAACAGUGCUCUAGUGCACUAGCAUUUCACAUGAGCCAUGUUCAAACAUUUUCUUGUUUUUAUUAAACUAACACAAGGCAGUUAAGUUCCAUGGCUCUUGGCAUUAUUAUGAAGAUGGUGGAGCCAACUACUAGUUUUUCUCCUUCAAUCCACUGGAUAAUAUCUUGGGUAACUGACUUAACUGCAUACAUGGUCAAAAGCAAGAAUAAUACCGCCAGACCGAAACAUCUGUUAGCAUCGGACCACUUUUAAAAUAAUCUAUCAGGCACAGAGGACACCUUGACUUAUAAAUUAGUUUUCACAUUGCUGUUAUUCUUAUAUUAUUGGAACUGGAUAGGCAGCCUAAAAUGGAGGUUACUGGUCUGGCCAUUUCUAUUUUCCUGAUAGACAAUGUGUGUUGCAGACAUGGCUUUAGUACUGUACUGUGAGUUGUAUAGCUUGUGGUUUCUUCAGAAGCCUGUGCGUGCUCAUGUGUGCAGCAAUUUUUCCAGUAGUAACUGGUCAAUUUCUGCUCUACUGAAAGAACUCACUUUAAAGAAAAGAAAUAUUGUUCUCAUCAAUGCACCAUUAACUUUACUGGGAAUUGCAGUGUCUGAUUGUGAAGAGUGACAUUACAACAAUUGUUACUAUGGUUUGCUUUAUUUUGUAUUUAUUUUGAUUUAUGGACAAGUAGUUGUCUGAAAAUGAUUUAUAUUAUAAUUUAUUUAUUUAGAAAAUCAUUUGAGGACUUCGGUGACACUUAACAUUCCUGUUUUGUAUGUCUGUAGAAAGGGAAGUUGCACAUGUUUGCACAAUUUGGCAAAAUCAUUAUUGGAAUGGAGUUCAGAGCUUUAAAAUAAAAAGGGAUUGUCUGCAUACAUAUUCUGUUGUGGGCAAUAAAAUAAGCAGUGGUAAAAAAUAUGCUGGCCACUAAAAAAGUGCUUAAGCAACAGUAUUGGUUAGUCAUCUUUUUAACAGUCCUGUAUUACCAAUGCCAGCAGAGAAAACACAAUUAAACCUCUUAUGCAGUGCAAUGUUUGUGUUAGUGCAGUAUAUAUGAAGGUAUUAUUUACAAUCAAAAUGUAUCCCCCUCCAGAGAAGAGAAAAUUACGUUUCAUGAGUUAUAAUUAUAAAAACUACUACAUACUAUUUUUACUAUCUGAAGUACUGAAAAAAACGUAAUGGUUAUAAAAGAAGUUAUGUCAGAAAUGAACUUUUUGCCAUAAAUGUACAUGGUGAAAUUUUUUAACAAUUAAUAAAUACCACUGCUUUAA